CGAUCAACCCAGAGCAGCCUACACGACUUUUCAACAAGAAAGAAGAAAUCAUUUUUAGUAGAGUAGAAGAAAUUUGGAAAAAUAUUCUACAACGCAGUUCCUACAUUAAUUUCAUAAUUUUAAUUUGAAAUCUAGAAUUCAUCUGCGAAGUUAUUUUCAUUUAAGAUGCAUCGCACAUUUUGGAAGUAUGGCCGCUGGAUUGGAUAUGCAGCUGGGGCAGUGACCGCGACCUCGAUGACGGUCGUGGUAUCACAGUGUUCCACGUCGAAUUGGUCCCCCACAAACCCCUCGGCCGUUCCAGAUGCCGGGUUUCCGAAGUGGGAUUUUAAUUGGGACAAGAGGGAACCAUACAGUUUAGUGAAACCUCCGAAGAAGACGAAACGUGACGUGGACCCGGCAGAAGAAGAGAACAAGGUGGCGGAACAAUUGGAAAAGAAAAAGUCCAAAGUUAUCCGUCACAUUAUCCUCAUUCGACACGGGCAAUAUAAUCUGAAGGGGUCAUGUGACGAUGAGAGAAGUCUGAGCCAGUUGGGUAUCGAACAAGCCGAAUUGACGGGAAAUAGACUGAAAAACUCGGGCGUUACGUUUACCUCUUUGCUCACGUCGAACAUGUGCAGAGCGAUACAGACGUCGGAAAUUGUGCUCAAGCAUUUGGGUCAAAAAGGUCUCGAAAUAUUGGCAAAGGAUCCCAUGUUACGAGAAGGAGCACCAUGCCUUCCAGAGCCCCCAGUUUCCAGUUGGCAUCCCGACUUGCACCAGUAUUUUGAAGAUGGGGCAAGGAUCGAGGCAGCUUUUAGAAAAUAUUUUCAUCGAGCACAUCCAGAUCAAAAGGAGGACUCGUACGAGCUCAUCGUGUGUCAUGCUAAUGUUAUUCGAUACUUUGUUUGCAGGGCAAUGCAGUUUCCACCAGAAGCUUGGCUAAGGAUAAGCCUGAACCACACGAGUUUAACAAUGUUAAGUAUACUUCCGUCAGGAAGAGUUAUUCUCCGCAGUCUUGGGGACAGUGGGCACUUGCCUGCAGAUAAGAUGACGACUUCGUAAAUAUAUAAAUUUUAGUUAGGGGACAAAAGCUAAAAUCAUCAGGGACGAGAAAGUUUCAGUUUACGUUGAUGACGAUGAUGAUGACAAUGUUACACAAACAACAAACCAUGUCAAUUGUUACCAUAUAUCCUUCUAUCGACAAUUUUGUAAUUUUGCAUGACUAGUAAACUGGAACAUUAGAGAUGGA